AUGGUCCAACUCCUCUCUACGCUGCACACCCUCGCGCCGCAGGGCUCAUUCCCGUUCUAUGUCCUGGGGAAGCAGUACUGGACUGAGAAGUCGAUCAAGAACACCGAAGGGCUCACUCUGAUUUUCCUGCACGCUGUCGGGCUACACAAGGAGACUUGGGAGGUGACUAUCGCGCACCUGCUUGGCCUCGACGAGGCGAGUCCCCAGCCCAAGAUCCGGGACGUCUUCUCGAUUGAGAGUCCGAAUCACGGCGAGUCUGCUGCUCUGAACAAGGAGGCGGUCGAGAAGCACUAUGGGGACAGUUGGCCUACGAGAGUAAUUGCUGAGGCUGCUUAUACCUUCCUAUCCGCUGGACCUUCUCAAGGAGCCAAGAUCGACUUCAGGAAGAGAAAACUUGUUGGCAUAGGGCAUUCUAUUGGGGCAGCGGCGCUAUUCCUUACUCGGGAUAUCUCCCCACAAAUUCCCUUCCUCUCCGUAAUUGGUGUCGAGCCGGGCAUCUCAGUUAAGGGCCUUCAGGACACCGACGUCUCAUCUCAGAUGCUCACCGCCUACACAUGGCUCCGGCGCGACGUCUGGUCUUCCCGUAAGUCUGCAAAGAAGGACCUGGAAGCAUCCCCUGUCCACGCAACAUGGGACCCGAGGGUGCUGGAUUUGUACGUGAAACACGGGCUCAAGACCCAUCAUGCCGCCAAAUACGCAGCACCGUUCUCAUUUAAUGGAGUGACUACGUGCGUCACGAAGGACCAAGAAGCGGCUUGUUAUCGAAGCGAUCACCUCGUCGUCGAUGCAAUGGAAGCCUAUACGCACAUGACGCAGGAGUUGCCCGUCCACGUUAUCUUCGGGAGUGUUCACGAUGUCGGGAACCCCGAACUUCAAGCCCUUCUCUCUGACAAGAAAGCUGGGCGACGGCCUGCAUCAAUCUCAUACAUCGAAGGCGCAGGGCAUCUGGUCGUCCAACAACAACCAGAAGCUGUUGCAGAGGUGAUAAAUGGUCUCUUGCCGGCACCUCCGGUCCAAGCACGUCUUUAG